AAGUAUUUUCAUCAAAUAGGCCUAACAGUAGUUGACAUGCCAGUCAUACUUGUACUAUUAUACUUACACGAGCAGGUGAUUUUAGAAAUCCCUGCAUUUUGUUGUGUAAGUGAUGGUUAAUAGUGGAAGUAGAAUGUGGAAGAUUUUUUUAGAGGUUAUAGUAAUGGGUUAAUAAUUAACUCAGUUGAUACUGCCAUGGGCAUUGUGCAAAUGGAGCUAAUUGUAAAUACAUGUAUUGUUUGCGCUGAAGUGGCACAUUAGAGUGAAAGUGCACUGAGCAGCAAUGGGACUUACUGCACGUAUGUUUUUUUAGUUUUGAUUUUAUCUCCGUUUUCUCUUCUUCUCUUUGGCCUUCUCUCUCUCUCUCUCUCUCUCUCUCUCUCUCUCUCUCUCUCCUCCACUGUCCCUUUGAGUGACCAACUGAUUUUUAUACUAUGUCACAAGGACAAUGAAAAGUCUACACUGAGGUCAGUCUAAAACUUGUCUUUGACUAUCCAGAUGAAGUAUUUAUGGCGUUUUGUAAUCUCAAAGAAGUUGUCAAUAUUAACCCCUUUAUAAAUUUGUUGCUACGAGUAUGGUAAUGACCAAGUCGUGGUGCAUUACUAAAGGGCCUGUGUUGUGUCAUAGUAUUGUAGUGCUAUGGUAGUUACAUUUCAAACACUAUUACAGCGUGCCACUGGAGGUACGGUGCACAUUAAGGGGCUACAUAUGUUAUUAUUCUUUCACAGUGCUCUUUUAGUUCACUGUAGCCAACACGAAUAAAUGUCGGUGUAGUUCUGAAUACAUCUCAUGUGCUGUGGGUUACAGGUAUUCUUGUCCAGAUCUUUGUCUUUGAUCAUUAGCAUUUGGACAUUUUCCAUGCCCAUAUAUCCAACUGUUCCGCUACACCUGACUUGCACAGCACUAUAACUUGGAGUGUGAAUGCAAAGUCGGGAAUUGCCUGCAGGAUUGAGUUGCUGCCUUCGGAGUAGCCUAAUGAAACAUUACUUUCAGAAAUGACACGGUCUGAUUGCAUUACGUUCCCAUGAUCAUUGAAAAACAUUCAGACACCAAAAUAGCCAGAUGCAUGACUAAGCAAUUCCUCCAUGUUUCAUGUGUCAACAUGUGGAUGGGGGGUGAUGGGGGUGAAGGCUGGUCGGCUUGUUUUGACAUAUAUCAGAGCUUGACAUUCAGUAGUGGCAACUGUAGUGUGUGUGUGACUCGUAUAGAGCCUUUGGGUCAUUUAAAGAUUAGAUUUGCAUUUCAUGACAGCCCUUGAGCAACUGACAUUUGCAUGAAAACUGUUGGAAGAACUGGAAGAACACCAACUCACCAAAGUCAUCUGUUCACACUCAGGUGCAUAAGUUUUAGUAGGCCAAUUGGUGAAUGAAUGCCUUCGUAGACCAUUAUGUCGAAAAUAGCACAUUUUAUGACAUCUACUGCAUGGCCACUUGACCUUUGACCUUUUGAAAUAUACACUUUCUUCAUUGAGUCUAAAUUUCUGGGAAGAAUGCAUUUUCCCAAUGCCAUGACAUUCACACAAGGAUGCUAUUAGAAGAAUUGGAGUUCUUGGAUUCUUGGAGUUUAUUUAUUUAUGUAGGCUUUAUUUAUCCAAUUUGCUCUUUAGGCAAUAAAGUUACACAUUUUCACAAUAUUAUAUAUCUGAGUCAUAUAAAUACAAAGAAAUUGCCUGUACCUAUUGGCAAUUGUUGGACUCACAGGGUCUUGUAGGGCCCUGAAAGACUUGAAGGAGGCACCAGAGAAAUUCUAAAUGGGAAUUCUAAAGGAGGCACCCCCAGAACAAGAACACAAAGUAUUCAAUCCAAUUCCAUGACGUGACGUCAGAAGUAAGCAAAGGGUCGAAUGAGCGCUCUGAAAAAAUGUGAGAAAAUCUAUUUCCACUGCGUCAAAAUAACCAAUCGAUAAGAGGCAGCCACCCAGCAAGUUGCCUGUGCGAGCAUGGGGCACCCGAAGAGUGGUCAGCGUAGGUCCGUCCCACGCCGGUUCAUUCUGGGAGGGCUGUUGCUGUCUUUCAUCAUGGCCUACUACUGUCUCUCCUCCACAGCUGCCAAUGUGCACGUGAUUUCAGAGGCGACCCCCUGCCUCCAGGCUCAGAGUAGUAGACCAUCCACCAACGCGUCUCACAGAUCCUGGCACCAGAAUGCUUCAUUUUGCACUCCAAAGACCAACCUGAUGUUCAUGAAGACCCAUAAGACAGCCAGCAGUACCCUUCUCAACAUCCUCUUCCGCUUCGGGGACAAGCACCAGCUGAAGUUCGCCCUGCCAGAUGGACGUAAUGACUUCUUCUACCCGGCCUUCUUCCAGCGAUCGCACGUCCACCGCUACACACCUGGCGCCUGCUUCAACAUACUGGGCAACCACAUGCGCUUCAACCUGCCGGAGGUGGAGCAGCUGCUGCCCCGUGACGCGUUCUUCUUCACCAUCCUUCGGGACCCGGCCGAGGUCUUCGAGUCCUCCUUCCACUACUACCACGGCGUGGUGCCCUUCACCUGGUUCAUCCCGGGGGAGGACAAGCUAAGGGCGUUCCUGGACAUCCCCUCGCAGUACUACAGCCCCGACGGCUUCAACUCGUUCUACCUCAAGAACCUGCUGAUGUUCGACUUUGGCUACGAUAACACCAUGGAGCCCGAUGACCCCCGUGUGACCUCUGCGAUCCGGGAGGUGUCCGAACGCUUUCGGCUGGUCCUGCUGGCGGAGCACUUUGAGGAGUCUCUGAUCCUGCUCAAGGACGCCCUCUGCUGGGACAUGGAGGACCUGCUGUUCCUCAAGCUGAACGUCAGGAGGGGCUCCUCUGUGUCCCGACUCAGCCCGGCGAUGAGGGCCCGAGCGCUGCAGUGGAACAGCGCCGACUGGAGGCUCUACCGCCACUUCAACCACUCCUUCUGGGCCAAGGUGGAGGCGUACGGUCGCGGGCGGAUGGCCAGAGACGUGGAGGAGCUGAGGCGGCGUAAUGCGGAGAUGAGGGCCAUCUGUGUGGACGGAGGAGCCGCCGUAGACCCCUCUGGAAUCAAGAACACAGAGCUGGCGCCAUGGCAACCCAUGGGCGAGAAGUCUAUUAUGGGGUACAACCUCAGGACGGACAUUAGCGCACGGCAUGCCGAGCUUUGCCGCAAGAUGCUCACGCCAGAGAUCCAAUAUUUGACAGAACUUGGUGUGAAUCUCUGGGUGACCAGGCUAUGGGGUUGGCUGACGGACAAGGUCUCCUGGUUCACAUAAGUAGGACCAGGGCUGCUGAAAGCUUUGGCUGGGCCUAGGACAAAGUCACCUGAAAGCCCCCCACCCCAACCCCCCACCAAAUGCAUACAAUAUAAUGAGGAGCCUAUUCUUGUCCCCCUCUCUUCCUGGGCCUGGGACAAUCGACCUCUUUGCCUGCUUCCCCAGUCAGCUUCCCAGAGUAGGACACUUUUGACACAGAAGGAGGACAGUCUGCUGGUUUCAUAGUUCAUUUAUACAUCAUUUAAAACAGUUUGUUGGAGACCUUGACAUGAACUUGCGUUCCUGUUUCACGGUAAUCACCUUGUGAUGCCUCGUCCUGAUAUUGUUCUGUUGCUUCAAAGACUGAGGCAAACUCAACGGCUAACACUUUCUGUGAAUAAUUUUGAUAUGUUGAUGUAAAUAAGUUUUAAAAAGGCAAUUCUUUGAUCACAUUAAUCUCAAAAUAGUUAAGCAUACUGACACUUGCUUAUCUGGAGCUGUCCUCAAUAUUUCAUUACAUUACAUUUCACUUAGCUAACGCUUUCAUUUGUUCAAAGCGACUUACAGCUAUUAUUUUUCAGGGUAUUGGUUACAGUCCCUGGAGCAAUGUGGGGUUAGGUGCCUUGCUCAAGGGCACUUCAGCCAUGGAUGGAGGUGUAGGGAGAGGUCAGGGGAAUUCGAACCGGCAACCCCUAGAUUGAAAGACCAACUCUCUAACCACUAGGCCACUUGGAUUUCAGGUCCUUGUGCAGUGACAGCUAGUCAUUGCAACAUUGUAUUACAUAGAUUAUCAGUUUGCUACUAUCUUUUUUUUAAUUCAGUGUACCUGAAAUGCAUGUUUUUUUCUUUGCUGUAUUUGUUGAAUGAUACUCUGGAUAUUAAUCCAUACCGGAGUAGUUGUAUUUCCUAUUUGUUGAAAAUAUGACUGAAAUAUAUUGCAUACUUUCUACUACUUGAUGCAGUUUUAUAAAAUAGAAUACAUAAAUAAAUAUAUAUUUACCUUAAA